UCACCCCCAUCGCCAUCCCAAGGCGGUUCCUCAUCACAAUUGCGUUCCCAGUCCCGCAUUUCGGUGGCUUGCUUCAUGUGUCAGAAGAGAAAGAUCAAAUGUAGCAGUGAUGGCACAUACCCUUGUGCAAACUGUCAACGUCGCCACUGGUCAUGCAGGUUCAACUUCGCGACUGAUCGGAGGCGCACAGCAGCGAGUCGUCACGCAUUGAUGCAACAGACAGCCGAGGCAGUUGCACAGGUGCAACGUCAGCGAGAGAUGAUCGGCGGCAUUGUCGCCAUAAUAAGGGAUGGGGAGCGCAAAAGUACAGAUCAACUCAUCCAUCUGAUUCGGACUACUCAAGAUCUCAGACCGACGGCGUCUUUUGUCCGAGGAGAGCUGCACACUGAUGCGGCCGUCCAAAGUGCAUAUCAAGCUAUCGAUUGGCAGGGUAUGCAGCUU